GAUACAUCAUCAUUCCUUUCCAUUUCCAUCUCUCUUCUUCACAUCUCUUCUCCUCUUCUCUCUGUCUCCCUUUCCUUCUCUGCUUUUCCCUUUCUUCUUCAACUCUUGUACUAAAAUCGCUUCAAACCCAACCAACCCAUGUCGUCUUCCGACGAGGAGGGAUCAGGGGAGGAGUACCUCUUCAAGAUCGUUAUCAUUGGCGACUCGGCCGUCGGAAAAUCCAACUUGCUCUCUCGUUAUGCCCGGAACGAGUUCAGUGCGCACUCCAAGGCGACAAUAGGAGUCGAGUUUCAGACCCAGAGCAUGGAAAUCGACGGCAAAGAAGUCAAGGCUCAGAUUUGGGACACUGCCGGCCAAGAACGCUUCAGGGCUGUCACCUCUGCAUACUACCGCGGUGCUGUCGGAGCUCUCGUUGUGUAUGACAUCACGCGCCGGACAACGUUCGAGAGUGUCGGUCGCUGGCUUGAUGAGCUCAAGACUCAUUCAGAUGCUACGAUGGCAAUAAUGCUAGUUGGGAACAAAUGUGAUUUGGAGAAUAUUAGGAAUGUGAGUAUCGAAGAAGGUAAAAGCCUUGCUGAAGCUGAAGGCAUGUUCUUCAUGGAGACAUCUGCAUUAGACUCGACCAAUGUUGAUAAGGCUUUUGAGCUUGUCAUUCGAGAAAUAUAUAGCAAUGUAAGCCGGAAGGUAUUGAAUUCAGAUACUUACAAAGCAGAGUUAUCUGUGAACAGAGUAAGCCUGGUUGAUAAUGGGGCAGAUGGAUCAAAGAACUCCAAGGGCUACUUAUCUUGCUGUUCCAGUUAAUAUGGCUACAGAAGUUUAUGACUUCAGAACUUGAGGCAUCUCAAAAGGCUGGUUAUUCAAUUUGGUUCUUUAUUCGAUUGUUUGUUUUGUACAAGUGAAUAUUAUAGAAAAAAAAAUUAUUUGGAUCCAGUCAAGUAAAGAAAGAAAAAACAUUGCCGAAUAUUGUAUUCUGAUACACGACAUGUAACUGCUACAAGAAAGAAAAAGGAGCAGACACCAUUUUCCUUUGUGUGAUUGUAUUUUGACAUCA